AUGACGGAUGAGAGCGAUAACUACAAUGACUUUAUGAUGUCCGAUGAGGACAUGGACUCAAUUGAGAUGGAGGAUGAGGAGAAUGAUGUUGAAGGCGAUGAGGGCCAACGAGGUGGCCAGGAAUGGGUCCAAAACUAUGAGCAGGGCUUGAGUUUAUGGAAUGAUGAGAACUAUGUGGCUGCAAGACAAGUGUUUUUGAAGACCUUGAGUAUGCUAGUAAGUGAGGAAGAGUUGAUCGAGAUGAGAUGUAAAAUACAUAGGCAAGUUCUAGAAUGUUGGUGUAAAAUAUUGAUGUAUGGAGAGCCUGAUAAUGAACAAUCUACUGAGAUUAUUGCUGAUUUUAGGAACUUUGUAGAAUUAGUGAAUGAGUUGCACGGGAAGGCGAAUUGCUCCCUUGAUCUUAGCUCUAUGUUCCAUCAUGUAACUAUGGAUUUCAUGCCCAAUAUCUACGAUAGGACGUUUAUCCCCGGUAUAACAGAUGAUGAGGAGUCCAGUAAGUGGGCUAAGAUGACAUUCAAGACUACUAUAUUGCAAAUAUUACAAGGCAGUUGGGUUUGUCAUACAUUUCCAGAAGUAGGUUUACUAUUACAACAAGAGCUACAUGUGUUGCAGGCCUGGAUCAAGACAUUCGAUAAAGAGCGGGAUUUAUAUGCCAUUUCAGAAUCGUUAAGGAAAGAUAUCAACACUUUGAAUGAAUUACAACUGAUAUUACAGUGUUAUAUUGCUCGCUAUAUUGAAGAUCAGCAUUUGUUAUGCAAUGAAGGGGAGGUAUUCAGAAUGUGUUUAAACCAACUGGAUCAAAAAUGUAAUGAAUCUUUAGCUGUCGCACAAAGGUCUGAUAUUAAUUUAAUUUUGCAUUUCAGCAAGGCUUUGUUUCUGAUACUAUUUGAGCUAGAUCAAGAUGAUCUAGGAGACGGGAAUAAAGUCACUGGAAGUACUUGUGUGCGAAGGUUUGUGACAAUACACAAGUUCUAUCAAAAUAUUGAAUGUUGUAAAGAGGAGUUUUGGGAAUGCCUCAAGAACCUGGAGGAGCUAGGUACUAAUAAGUUUCGGUUCGAGAGGUUCAUGCAAAUUAUUGUGGGUGGCUUUGUGUUAUGCGCCAUGAUUAUGCAUCGAGGAUCCCAGACACGACUGGCUGGAACGUCGGGCAAUGCAGAUAUUAACCCGUUCGACUAUGAGCAACUGCGUAUUGCCCCAGAUCAUAUAUUUGUUGACAAACUACGAAGAAUAUAUGAUGUGUUCGUCGGCUUACAAAUCCAAGAAAUGCACAGUUGCUUAAUAGAACUCGAGUGUAUACGGGCUCCAUUGUCCCGUUUGUUUGACCAAGUAUGUUACUUAAUACAAAAGCGGAAAUUGUUCAGUGAAAUUGCUCCAAUAUAUAGCUGCAUAUCCAUACAAGAUUUACGCCAAAAGUUACAAAUCGAUCCCUCAGUACCACCCACUCGGGAUGAAAUUCUUGUCCAUUUGAUGAGGUACUGCAUGCAGGACAGAGGCAUUAAUUUUAAACUAGACUUAGUGGCCGACACAGUGACCUUUUAUUCGGAGCAACACAGCGAACCACUUCACGAUGCUGUGUUUUCAGAGACCAGGAUGGGCCAUAAGUCCCAUAAGUCAUCAAUCUCUAAGGAUAGAGCCAUUGUCGAAGACAUCAAGGCUGCGCAUGAAAUGCCAGAGGUAGAGUACGCCCACGACAUAGGAAUCCUGGAGUCCCAAGUGGAUUCGCAGUCGCAUUCUAAGUCGAACACGAAAUCUAUGUCAAGGCAUGUGUCUGGGCAUGAUCCUGAUUCUUUUGGCCAAGACACGAUAAGUUUCUUCGACACAUUGCGACUCGCAAGAGAGACUUAUCAAGGAAGCAACAUCGACAACUCGGUCUACACCAUCGCAAAGCUAACCAACGAAGCACUACAGGAAAUAAGCAACGAUGUAAGAUAG